CGCAAAAAAAAAAAACAAAAGUAAGCAUGAAGAAGAGCUCAACGCUGACAACGACCACGUCGAUGCCGACGAGCCCGACGCUCUCGGCCCAGACCCUGUCGGCCAGCAAAAUGAGCCUGAGCAGCAGCCGAUCGGGCCGAUCCUCCUGCCAAUCGCACGGGCCGAUCCGGCCAGGCAGCGGUUGCGUCGACGCCAUCAAGGCCAAGCGCGAGGAGAUCGAAAUCGAUAGCAUACUCGAGAAGGCGAAAUUCUACACCUCCGUGUGCCUUGGUACGACUGCCAUACUGUCGGUGUUCACAUUUCUCUUCCUGAUACCCUUUGUCGUGGAUCCCGCCAUCUCAACAAUUAUAGCCGAUUACGAUCCGGUGCCGGUGACCUGCGUUGUCAUCGAUCACAUCUAUGCGGAGGGCAUCAAGAACUGCACCUGGAGCUCCUGUCGCGAGGGCUGCACCUCAUCACUCACCAAGUGCCAUCAGCUGUUUGUCAACUAUACGCGCAUACCCUACAGCGAAUGGGAGCGCAAUCCUCGAGACUUGGAGCGCGUCAAUUGGGAUGUCAGCUAUACAAAGUUUCUGAUCAACUCCGAGGGUUGCGGCUAUCCGCCCACGACCAAUUGCAGCGUGUUUGCCAGACAAUAUGGCUACUCUCACAUUGGCGAACCGUUUCCCUGCUACUAUAGUCGCGCCUAUCCGCAGGUCGUCAUCGGUCGCUAUUCGUGGGAGAAUAAUCUGUAUCAUCUGGUGCUGUCGCUGAUAAUACCGAAUGUGCUCUUCGCCAUCUCGAUCGGGGUGCUCAGCUAUUGGUAUUGCCCCUGCUGUGAGAAGGCGUGCAACAAAUCCUCACGGGUCUAUGCCGAAAAGUUUCCAACCAAGGAAGACAAACUUCUGUGUCACAGUGAUGAAGAGGAUGAAAUGGAAUACUAGCAAUAAAUUCAAAUUAGUUAAUAUCCUCUAAACAACUUAGCUAAUUAACUUUGUAGUCUGUACCAAAAACACACACACACACACACAAACAUAUAGCUUAAUAAAUAUUAUAGAAGAAAAGCCAUCUGCCAUUAAAAUAUAGGAGACACAGCGGAGCAUUGAAAUUGUACUUUAGAACUAAAAAAAAAAAACAUAUUUAAAUCUAUUCAAACAAUUAGCUCAUUGCCAAUUUUCAUACACAUCUUAUUAUGCUUUAUACACACAUUUAUCUUAAAUAGAGACUUUGAAAGCUUUUGUUCUACUUUCGCUUGCUUUCGAACGCAACUCGAUGCUCCGCCUUUCCCAUCAGAUAAAAUCUCAAUUUCUCAAACUAAAAAAAAAAAAAAACAAAAAACAAAAACAAAAAUAAGCUUGUUUUCAAAAAGAAUUGUGAUAGUAGUCAUAAACAGAAUAUUAAGUAAAAUUCGUAAAUAAAUCAAAGAAAAUUGUAUAAUUAGCAAAAAGCAGAGAUUCCAUAUUCUAUCUCUGAACCAUUUGGUCGUAGUACCCAUAGAAAUCGGAACCAAAAAAAAAA